AUGGACGUGAAGGCGCGGAAAUAUCGUAUUGAUGCUGGAUACGGUGCACGGACAUGUCCACCAGGUAAGAGCCUCGAUACCGUAACUUGGUCGCAUCGUAUCGAUUCAGUUACCUCUCCUGACCAUUACCGCUCCUUCGCCCAUCAGUACAUCAAAGGGAUGAUCAACCCCUACAAGCGGUCAGAACCCCUGCCCGUCUACUAUGGCAACGAGCCAGUCGUCCAGGCGGUCGGUAGCAACUUCCAAGAGCUCGUCCUCGACUCUCCUCAAGAUGUCCUUGUUGAUUUCUACGCACCAUGGUGUGGUCAUUGCAGACAGUUCGAGCCCACCUAUAAAUCUCUGGGGGAGACUCUCAAGCCUUUGAGGAAUACAUUGCGAAUUGUGAAAAUAGAUGCGACACAAAACGAGGUCCCAGUGCAGAUCAGUGGAUUCCCGACUAUACUGCUAUACCCAGCUGGCAAAAAGGAUUCUCCAGUGGAAUUUCGUCAACAGCGAACUAUACCUGUCAUGACUGAGUUUCUCAAAGCACACUGUACCAACUCCCUCACACUUUCUCGGGAGGAUCCCAACUCUCGGUGGCAGGGAUUAAGCCCCGACGAGCUGUAA